GUCACUCACUGAAAUAGACACGUGGGCCGGUUUGCCUGCAAAAUGGCAGCCUGCAUGUGUAGACAAACUCUCGUGACGUUCUCACGGUAGUUAGCAGGUCUUUUGCGAGAACCUCUAACUUUAGUAAUUGAAUUACUUGCAAGCCACUUCGAGAUAUCAGCUUUCAGAUCAUCAUGGCAGAGAUGGCUGUUGACAGCACCAUGCCAACUGAUUCAGCCUCGGCGCCUCCGGAAGACGCGGGUACUGAUUCCGAGGUCCCGGAGGCAAAAACCCAGGUGGCGCAGCGUGAUAAGGAGAGCAAAACGGACGAAGAUGGCAGCUCCAGCGUCUACCGUUACAUCAAAGAGGAUCUCUUUACCUCCGAGAUCUUCAAGGUGGAGAUCCAGAACCUUCCCAAGUACACCGGCUUUAACGACCUGAAGAAGUUCUUGAACAAGCAAGGGCUCAACCCGCACAAAAUUAAACUCAUUGGAAAACAGACGUUUGCCUUCGUGACCUUCAAGAAUCAGGAGGAGAGAGACAAGGCCUUGAAGCGGGUGCAUGGCAUGCAGUGGAAGGGGAAGCUCCUGAGUGUCCGCCUGGCCAAGCCCAAAGCCGACCCCAUCCUCAGGAAGCGCAGGCGGGAGGAGGGCGCGGCCGCAGCCGGCGCUGAGCCCGACCCCAAGAAGCCGAGUGGCCACGCGCAGGGCGAGGCGGAGGAGGAGCCCCUCAGCACCCGGAUCGCCAACGCCGUCACGCCCCUGUGGCAGGUGCCCUAUGGAGAGCAGCUGAGGCGGAAGCAGCAGGAGGCGGAGGCCGUCCUGCAGACGCUGUCCAGGGAAAUUGGGAACAGCAACCGAGCAAUGCUGCCCUGGCUCUUUGUGCAGAAGGAGAAGAACAGAAACAUGUGCUGCCCUUUGGAGGCCAUUAGACCGUCUCCUCUGCAGACGGAGUAUCGGAACAAGUGCGAGUUCGUGAUUGGGACAGGUGCAGACGGGGAGGACAAGACCGUCGGCUUCCGUUUGGGAAAGUAUAAAGGCGGCUCGUGCGCAGUGGUGAGUCCUGCAGACACCGUCCACAUCCCUGCCGAGGCCAAGAGGGUCGUCCAAGCCUUCCAGAAGUACAUCAGAACCACUCCAUUCCCUGCAUACAGCCCAGAGACCUACGAUGGCCACUGGCGACAGCUGACAGUCCGCACGAGCAGGACCAGUCAAAUCAUGGCAAUGGUCUUCUUCCAUCCACAGAAACUUCCGGAAGAGGAGCUGGAGUCUCUGAAGAACUCUCUGCGACAGUACUUCACAGAGGGAGUGGGGAAAGACAGCGGGGUCACAUCUCUGCACUUUGUGAGAACUGGACAAAGGACCUCUGCAGGUACUGAGGACCUACCCUGUGAGCUGGUGGCAGGUGAUCAGUGGAUCCAUGAGGAAUUACUUGGCCUGAAAUUCCGAAUUUCCCCUCACUCAUUCUUCCAGACCAACACAGGAGCUGCCGAGGUGCUGUAUUCCACUGUGGGGGAGUGGGCAGGGCUGGACGACCAAAGCACCUUGCUGGACAUCUGUUGCGGCACAGGGACUAUCGGCAUCUCCCUGGCCAAGAGAGUAAAGAAGGUGAUUGGAAUUGAACUUUGCCAAGAAGCUGUGGACGACGCAAAAGCGAAUGCUGAAGCUAACGGUUUGGUCAAUGUGGAGUACCACUGUGGCAGGGCUGAGGAAAUAUUCCCCACCGUGCUCAACGCUCUGGUGUCUCCAAACGUUACUGCUAUUGUUGAUCCUCCAAGAGCAGGACUACAUUCUAAAGUUAUUUUAGCAAUCAGAAGAGCAGAGCAUCUGAAGAAGCUGGUCUAUGUAGCAUGCAAUGCUAAAGCAGCCAUGAACAACUUCAUUGACCUGUGUCGAGCUCCCUCCAACAGGGUGCGAGGGUCUCCAUUCCGUCCUGUCCGCGCCACAGCCGUGGACCUCUUUCCUCAGACCAUGCACUGUGAGACUGUCCUGCUGUUCGAGAGGGUGGAUUACAGCGCCAGCAGUGCCCAGACCCCCGACAACAGCAGAAAGACCGACGACAAUGGAGACCCAAGAGUUCCCUAGUUACCUGCAGUAACCCUGCCCCCAACUCAACUGAACAUUAUACUUGACCCCUGCAUUUUGGGGGUUAAGCUUUUUUUUUUUUUUUUUUUUUUGGCAGAUGUACCAUGUGUUGAGUGAGAGGCAAGUAAGGGUUUAUAGACAUGGAGAGUUGUUUUAAGCAAAUGUUUCACUGUAGAAUAGGAUGGUGAUAUUCAAUGGACAAACAUUUCUAAAAGUUGAAAAAAAAAAAAAACUGCUUUAGUUUCCUUCUGUACAGAAAUAAAGUAACGCAAAAAUGUGAGAAGGCGGUACAUCCAGAA